AAAUGUAAUAUAAUCUUACUCCGAGAAUUCGAUUGGAUGAGAUUCUUGAUUCUGUGUUCGAAAAAUACACUUUUAGCGUUAUGAAUGCGCCUUAAUAUUUAGUACUCGUAGAUUCGUGACUACUUGCAGUUGAUCUUUCUUUUUUCAAAUCAUUUCUUGUCGUGCGUGAAUUUUUCGAGCGAUAAAAUGAGUUUCGGGUUGCCAUCAAUCAUACCUAAGUCUACUGUACCUGAGCAAUUUGACGUUAAAGGUGGAACUAGUUAUGAUAUACCCAAUCCUAUGAUAUCAGGUUUAUCAGCAACUAGACAGAGCAUUGGUUACACACAUCCUUUGGAAGCUUCAGAAAGAAAUUAUGUAAAAAAUCAAGAUCGCAUGAACAUGACACUACUUAGAAAUACACAAGGAUUACAUGCACCAUUGCGUAUAGCGAUGGAAUUGAAAGCCACUGAAAAGAUUGGAAGACUUCCGUUCUUAUCAUCAUCUAACGUGAUGCGGGAUGUUUUGCUUGGACGAGAUCAAGAUAUAGGAUUUGAAGAUAUUUUCAAUACGCCAGAAUUCAGAGAACAAAUGGGACAGCCACACGCUGUUGUAGAAAAUCAUCUUGGAAUAUUAUAAAAAUUAAGUAUGCAGAAAUUGCAUUUUUUAAUUUAAAAUGCAAAUUAAUAUAAAAUAAAUAAGAGUUAUUAAUAAACAUUAGUUUUUAUAAGUUAAAUGUAUCU